AUGGAAAAAGACGGAGCUAAGUCAGCAAAACUAGCAAUAAAGAAGGCUAUAGACCUAAUAUGGAGAAAACUUUAUGAUGAAGUAGAACACGACCCAUGGGGCAUGCCCUACAAGCUCAUGAUGGGUAAAUUAGUAAAAACACCUCCGAUUCCAGGGUUGAACACGCCAGGAACAAUGGCGGAAAUAGUGGUGGAACAAGUCUGUUUCACCCUCGGUUUUCGAUUCAAUGUAAAAAAAGAAAAAAAAAGGUUAGGUUAGUUACCUCUAGACUGGGUACAUAAGGUCCGUGAAAAGGUUCAAGGAGUCGAAAAAAUACUGUUAUUAUUACAAAUUACUAUGUAUUGAUUGUUGUUGUUGUAGUGUUUAUUUUAACAAUGUUUGCUGUUAAUUUAAUUAAAUAAACUAUAUGGAUACAGGGGGUUGGACAGCCGAAAGGUCUAAAUUCCCUCUUUAGCGCCGUGAUACCACAUAAAAAAAAAAAAUAUCGGGUGCACGACGCACGCGGGGAGGGCCUGAUCAUCUUGCUCGACUCCUUCGGACUGGUAGUUCUCAACGAGAAAUUCAGGCCAACGUUCGUUGGUCGUAGUAGAGGAUCAAUCAUGGACAAUACAGCCAUGUCAUAA